AUGACUGUAUUCUACCUCCCACUCAACUCCUCAACAGAGGCAAGAGUUGAACAUUACAGGAAUCCUCCUGAGAUCGGCAACUCACAACCAGUUGUCGUUUGGGAUGAUUUCAAUAACAAAGCUAGACUGUAUGGUCACACAUCCACGAACAAUGGAUUCCGCAAAAAGGCGGUAGAGGCCCCUACGCUCGGUGCCUGGCGCCUACAAUACCUCCAUACGGGAGGAUCUAUCGGUACAGAGCACGCGUACCACAGGCCAACAACCCCAGCCUCUCCUCAAACAUACCUUCUUGCGGAUCACGGUAUAUACGAGGACCACAAAUUCGACUCGAUCGUCAGGUGGGCCCAAAUGAACCAGUAUUCCGUCUCGGGCGAGUGCCUCCGUCCCAAUCACCACCCCAGUGUAGCAUCUAGAGACCAGAUUAUUUAA